UGUGUGUCGUGGCUUAGGCACUAGCUAGUGGUAAUCUUUGUCAAGCUAGUGAGAGGCACCUCUCAGGCGGCAUGGAGGCCAUGGACGUCAACUACACUCCGGCUACGUUCCCCAACGGCUCCGUCCAGAGGGUGAGGCAUGCGUCGGUCGGAGUGGCGGUAGUGUCCCGCUACCAGGAGUGCACCAGAAACCACGCGGCAUUAAUUGGCGGGCACGCCGUCGACGGCUGCAGGGGGUUCUUGCCGUCGCUGCAGUUCAACCCCGCCGACCUGGCCUCGUUCAAGUGCGUCGCCUGCGGCUGCCACCGCAACUUCCACCGCCAAGUGAUGGUGGAGGAGGAGUGGCCGGCGCAGCCCCAGGUGGCGCUGCUGCCGGCGCCACCCAUGGCGGCCAGCGUGCUGCAAGGCGGCCCGUCGCAGCGCGGGGAGGAGACGCCCGAGGACCGGCUGCCCGCGGUCGACUGUGGCGACCCUAAGUCCGACUCCGACGGCUUGGAUUACGACGACGAGGGGUUCGUCUCCCCGCCGCAGCUGCUGCAGGCUCCACCAACGCACCUCACGGCGCCGGUGGCGCAGCAGCCUCCAGCGUACUUCUCCCCGUCGGCGCAGCCGCCCAUGUUGCUCUGUCUGAACUCCAGCGCGCCGCCCCCCGAGGCGGCGCAGGGCCAGAGGCUCCCCGUCCAGGUCUCGCCCGUGACGGCACCGCCGGCCUACGUGGGGGCCGCACCGGCGAAGAAGCGGUUGCGCACCAAGCUCAGCGUGGAGGAGAAGAAGCGGAUGCAGGAGCUGUCGGAGCUGCUCGAGUGGCGCCUGCAGAAGCACGGCCAGGCCAUCGUGGACGAAUGGUGCCGCGACAACGGGAUGAGCAAGGGCGUCUUCAAGGUGUGGAUGCAGAAGCACAACAAGAAGCACAACUACAUGGGCGGCCACAGCGCCUCCGCCGCCACCACCCCGACCGCCCCCGUCCCCGGCGCACAGCCACCGCCAUCAGCACCAUUCAUCCCCUCCGUCACCCACAGCUCCCCCGCUGUCACCGACACCGCCACCGACUUCAACAUUGACGGUACCGCCAUCCUCCGCUGUCACCGCUAAACCCACCUACACGGCUACACCGCCGUCCACCAAGUGAACUGAACAUCGUCGCCGCAGUCCGCCUAAUAAACUAGAGAGAGAAAAAUAAAUGAUAAGAGGGAGAGAAAGAAAAAAACAAGUAGCUUCCAGCGAUCAUUCCAUUUCGUUUCUUUAUUAGUAUUUCGAUCCAUCUAUGAAAGAAAAUAAGUACUUACUCGGU